GUAUCUGCUAAUGUACUGUGUUUAACGUGAAAUAACUGGUGUGUAAUGUGUGUGUUGUGUUUCACAUUUCCGCGGGUGCGUGAAUGCACCACAGGUUGUGAAACAGUGGAGGAGAAAUGACGCGUAGAUGCUGAAAUAGUUUCACUUCCUACAACAACAAACCGCCUUUUCACAGUGAAUUAAGCUCAAGCUCAUUCACACGUAGCGCUGUGGAGACAACGUUAAGCUAUGGUCAGGACCAGUAGUACAAAACCUGAUCCUAAUGAGGCUGAACCUAAUGUCAGAGGAAUUGUCAUCAAUGGAUGUCAAUGCAGUGUCCUAAGAAGAAUAGCUAAACCUGUGUGUCUAUAUGUCACCUCAUCACAACCUUUUGUGGUAAAAACUCAGUAGUCCAGUAGGACUGAGAAUCUUAUAAGGACCUCAUUAGGAGGAGACUAAUCGAUAACUGCAAUUAUUUUGAGUUAAUUAAUCGUCAGCUGAAUUUCAUUAUUGUGACGAUGCCAUUUCUUUCAUCCCCCACAUGAAGGUUGAGGUCGCUGAAGCCAUUCCCAGCUGAUAUAGGGUGAAAAGGCGGGGUCCAUUGCUGGGCCAGCAUACAGAGACGAACAACCACUGCCCUGUUUGUUUAUGCAAAAUGGACGUGAACAGUUUAUAGUGUAUUAUACCUCUGUUAUCCCACAGAAGUGACAGUGUUGUGCCGCAAACAAUGGAUUCGACCAAAAAGGCCAAAUGCGUGCACAUGCUCACCCACCACAGAGAGCUGCUGGUGUCCAGGCUGAGGAGCAUUCAGUGCAUCCUGGACAACCUGCUGGCCAGCGGCUUCCUCUGUGAAGAGGACGUCGAGAUCGUACGGCGGGCUGUCACCAAGAUGGAUCAGGUGCGCAAAAUCUUGGAGCUUGUCCAGUGCAAAGGGGAGGAGGCCUGUGAAUACUUUCUCUUUAUCAUAUACAAAGUAUGUGAUGCAUACAUAGACCUCCAGCCAUGGCUGAAAGAGAUAAACUUCAACCCAAGGAGUCACAUAGCAGCGAUGAAAGUGGUGAACACGGAUCCCAUCAGCAGAUAUAGUGAGAAGCUGAGGCAGGAAAUGAGCCGGGACACCUGUUUCAUCAUGUCUUAUGGACAGCAUGACGAGACUCGUCUGGAGGAUCUUUACACCGACACCCUGAUGGAGCUGUUCAAUGACUGCAAUGAAAGUCUGGGCUUCAUGGAGAGUCUGGACCAGCUCCUGGGAGACCACGCAGUCUUCAAUCCCCAAGGUGAAAUCAACUAUGUGAUGGGGGACGCCGGUGUGGGAAAAUCCAUCCUCCUGCAAAAGCUCCAGAACCUCUGGUCCAAGAAAGAGCUGCAGACGGACGCUGUCUUUUUAUUUAAGUUCCGCUGUAGGAUGUUCAGUGUUUUCAAGAAGACCGAACAGAUUUCCCUCAGAGACCUUCUGUUCAAUUACAACUGCCACCCGGAUCAUGAUCCAGACAAUGAGGUGUUUGAUUACAUCCUACGCUUCCCUGAAAAGGUUAUUUUUACAUUUGAUGGUUAUGAUGAGAUUCAUGAGGAUCUAGACCUGUUGAAUGUGCCGGAAGUUGUGUCGCCAGAACACAAGGCCCACCCUCUCCAGCUGCUUGUCAGCUUGCUCUGUGGAAAACUACUGAAGGGCUCCCAGAAGGUUCUGACAACUCGGACAGGGAUCGAGAUCCAGAGCAGGGUGAUCCGAAAGAAGGUGGCUCUGCGAGGGUUCUCGCCAACUCAUCUGAAGACCUACAUUAACUUGCACUUUCAGGAGCAGGAGCACAGAGAGCUGGUGUCAGUCCAGUUGGAUGCUAGCCCCCACCUCUGCGGCCUUUGCUCCACCCCUCUCUUCAGCUGGAUUGUUUUCAAGAGCUUCAAGCACCUGCACACAAUACAUGAUAGUUUUCAUCUGCCCGAUACAUGCGUCACACUCACUGACAUCUUCCUCCUGCUCUCUGAGGUGUUUCUCAGCCACUCAACUUCAACCGCUUCGUCUCAGCUGAAGAAAAGCACCCGCUGUGCCUCACAGACGUUCAAAUCGAGGCUCAGGCCUCUCGCUGCUUUUGCCAAACUGGCACUACAGGGUAUGGAGGGCGGCACCUUCAUUUGUGACCAGGAGGAAAUCACCGCAUGUGGUCUCAGAGAGGAGGACCUGUCGCUGGGCUUUCUCAGGCCUGUCAGCGAGUAUGACGCCAGAGGAGGCUCGGCAAACUUUGAAUUCCUCCACAUUACCCUGCAGUCUUUCUUGGCGGCGUUUGCUCUUGUGUUGGAUGAGCAGGCUCCAGCAAACUCCAUUCGGAAGUUCUUCACAGAGUGCAGCAGGCAGAGGGAAUCCUCCUGCCUGCUCUUUGACUCGUGUAUCAAUAACUCCUCAAAGCACAGUGAAAAGAACCCAUUUGUGACCAAUGAGCACCUUCAGUUCACUAAUCUCUUCCUGUGCGGGCUGCUGUCCAAGGCUCACAAUGACCUCAUGGGGCAUCUGGUUUCCCCUGUGUUACUCAAGAAAAAACGGGCCUUGCUGAAAUCCUACCUGUCCACUAGUGUUAAGUCCCACUUGCAUGGCUUACCCCACUACGCCGGCGAAGAAGGCAACAAAGUCCACGUUCUGCCAAACUUUCUGUGGAUGCUGAGAUGCAUCUUUGAGACCGGGAGCCAAGACAUCGCUCAGAUGACGGCGAAAGGCAUCACAGCGAACUUAAUCAAGCUGGGUUACUGCAAUGUGUACUCGGGGGACUGCACCGCCAUUAACUUUGUCCUGCAACACCAUCAGAAACUCCUGGGUGUCGACAUGGACAACAACAACAUCAGUGAUUAUGGCGUGAAGCAGCUGAAGCCUUCGUUCUGUAAGAUGACAGUCGUGAGAUUGUGCGUCAAUCACCUGUCAGACAGUAGCAUCGAGGUGCUCGCGGAGGAGCUGUGUAAGCACAAAGUGGUGGAGGUCUUGGGACUUUACAACAACCACAUCACAGAUGUUGGCGCAAAGCUCGUCGCUCAGAUAGUUGAAGAGUGUCCAAAGUUGCGGGUUCUCAAGAUUGGUAAGAACAAGAUCACUAGUGUUGGUGGGAAGUAUCUGGCCAGUGCAAUUCAGAAGAGCAAGUCUAUAUUUGAUGUGGGAAUGUGGGGGAACAGCAUCGGUGACGAGGGAGCAGAAGCAUUCGCGGGAGCUUUGAGGCACCACCCCAAUCUCACCAACCUCAGUCUGUCGGCCAAUGGCAUCACAUCAACGGGGGGGAAGUUUCUGGCAGAGGCUCUGAAAGAGAACAGCGUCCUCAGGAUAUUCUGGCUGGUGCAGAAUGAGUUGGCGGAUGACGCAGCCCCACACUUGGCUGAGCUGGUCGAAGCGAACACAGGUUUAAGUCACCUCUGGUUAAUCAACAACCAGUUCACUGCGCACGGGCUCAAACACCUCGCCGAGGCCUUGACUCACAACACAGCACUCAAAGAGAUAUGCGUGAAAGGAAACCAGCUCUCUGCAGAGGAAGAGAAUCAGUUUGAGGCACAGAAAAGGCUGCGCUUCCACUGACCGGGCCUCUCCUGUCCACCUGGCACAAGUUGAGGACUGUAUCUUGACAUUAUCCUGACACGUAUGGCGCUUUACGGUAAAGUGUGUAACAAUUAGUGACAUCUAGUGGUGAGACUGCAUAUUGUAACAAACCUUUCGCCAAGAGCGCCAGGGAACUAGUGGCCUUCGUAAGUUCAGAAAGGAUGUCACGCUUCGCCGUUUGUGUCCUAAGCUUCCACAGGCGUAGAAUCAUGGCGUCACAAGAUGGAGGCCUCUGUUGUUUUUGCUCCACCUUGAUCUUCAAAUUCAAAUCAUAUUACACAUACAGCAGUCACCCGAUUCAUUUAAUUCAAGCCCAUAUGCAAUCACCCAUGUAUUAACACAUUAUUACCACAACAAAUACUUGUUGGGGGACACUUCUUCAUUGUUGAGGUUGUGGAGAGUUUGUGUCCUUAAUCAGUGUCUGUAGCUGUAGUAUUACAGGUGCUUGUUUAACAGUGAAAGCGUCUGUCCUGAGUUGGAGUUUGGCUGUAAUACUCUCCAUCAAAUAUACAUGUUUUACUCUUACAAAAAAGGCAUAGUUUUUAAGGGGGAACCUGUCAGUGUGUCAGUUUUUAUAUUAGUCCACGUCUCCUCAGUGCCCAUGCGGAGGAAGUGGAAGCAGCUGUGUAGCCUUCACUUGGCAUCAAAACUCAAAAAUGUCCAUUGUGGACUACUGUAAAAGCAAAAUAGCAGCCUGAUAUAACUAUAAAAAGCUAUUUUUUUUAGGGGUAAUGAAAAAUAUAACAGAAUUUUUAAAAAUGUGCAUGAUUUCACCUUUAUUUUACACAUUGGUCCUUUUAAAUCAUCAAUCAGUCAGAUUUUUGGAGACAUAUGUCUUUUUUCAUACAAUAUCUCAUAUAUUUGACUUCAGUUCAUGGAAAAUGGGAGUAAAAUUGAAGCGUGUGGAGGUGAAUGCGGGAAUCAGUGUCAGGUGUGUCGAUUUGACACAGCUGGCGCUCGUUUGUAAUCAUGCUCACCCUUGAAAUGCAGUGGCAGUGUGGGCUCUCAGAUGAGUGACUGCUGCACACACACACACACACACACACACACACACACACACACACACA